UGCAAACUGGUUACUUUUGUCAUCACACCCACCAAUCCUCCCGAUUCGAUGCUUCAGCUGCAGACGCGCAGCAGAUCCGGCGAGACGGCGCUGAAGACCGCGAUCUCAUCACCGUAAUCCGAGUAGCUCUCGUUUCACGUCAAUUGCACGAUCCCCGAGAGGCCCAAGCCGCGAACGGCCACCUCAAAAGGUGUGGGUACUACUGUUGCCGGUGAUGUGUAGCACAACGUGACGCAGUCGCACAGUCGGCCAUUCGAUGGGCGCACGUUACUUUGCCUACGAACCGCAGGCGGAGGUGGAUGCGUUCGCAUUGGGUCAUAGCUUGCCACAAUUCAAAUUCGACCGUCCACAUCAUGUCUGCGCUCGCAACACCAGCGCCGGCGCUGGACGACGUCUUCUACCAUGACUACCGCAAGGUCCAAGUCGUCAACGUCUUUGGCUAUGGCCUGCUCUUGACCACGUCGCUCGCGAUCAUUGUGUACCUUCGACGUACGCGGUCCACAGCGUACCUCGGCGACAUGGAGGCCGCCAAGAAGGUCCUCCUCCCAGCCUUUGAGCCGCUCUUGUGGAUUCUCGCGGCCGUUGCGGGCGGGUACUGUAGCUUCUACCUCGGCGCGGCGGUCGCCGAAUACUCGGGUCCGCUCUCAUCGCCCGUGUACACGGAGGUGCUCUACAUGCCGCGUCAGUUCAACAGCUACCUCGUUGUCGUGUACCUUAGCCAGCCGAGCUUGUCGCUGCCGUCCUUGCACCGUGCGCUCGCGAUAGCGGUCGUCUUGGCGGCCGGCGCGCCGCUCAUUGCACUCCUCACGGUCGCGAUUGAUACCGACUUGCAGGUCCGGUACACGCUCCUCACAAUCUACCGGUCGAUCAUGGUGCUCGGGUUCCUCUACCGCUUUGUCUGGCCCGGCUCGCGCGCGAAUCGCCGCGCGUGGCGCAUCUUCCUCGGCUUUGUGCUCGUCUACUAUGUGAGCUUCUUCUCGCAGACGUACAUGUUCUUCAAGGACCUCUCGACCGAAGGCACGUUCUUCCUCUUCACGACGUCGUUUUGGUACGUCCUGGCGCCGUUUGCGAUCUGGCAGCUCCUCAAGGCCGACACGGAGCACUGGCGCGGCGUCGGGCGCCAAGCCAUUUUGCAAAACCCCGACACAAAGGUCCACGAAGUGGUGUCGGCCCAAGGUCUCCACGUCCUUCUUGAAGUCCACCAGCGUGAUGUCAUUGACUUUGCCCAUCUCAAGAUCGACGACAAGAUCGGCGUUGGCGCCACGUCCGAUGUCUACAAGGGCCUGCUCCGCUCCUCGACGCGCGUCGCCGUCAAGGUCUACACGCCCAACGAGAUCUCGGAGGCGACGAUCACCGAGUUUUCCCAAGAAACCGCGCUUUGCGCCGCGCUCAAGCACCCGAACAUCGUGGCCUUCUAUGGCAUGUGCGUCGCGCCGCCGGCGAUUUGCCUCGUCUCGGAGCUCUGCGAGUGCUCGCUCGAUGCGCUCUUGACGCAGCCCCGGCCAGCGUACACGGACCCGCUGCUCGCCCAAAUCGUGCUCAUGCUGGACGCGGCCCGCGCGGUCGCGUACCUCCACAGCUUCUCGCCGCCGUUCUUGCAUCGGGAUCUCAAGCCGGCCAACUUUUUGCUGGACGUCAACCACGUGCUCAAGCUCACCGACUUUGGCGAGUCGCGCAGUCUCUCGAACCGCGCCAUGACGAUCAAGGGCACGAUCGAGUACAUGGCGCCAGAGGUCAUCGAAGGCAAGCAAGGCGUCGCGACGUACACGCACGUCGCCGACGUCUACUCGCUCGCGAUCACGCUCUGGGACAUUUUGCACCCGGGCCGUGAAAAGUACCCGGUCGGCCGCCAGAACCCGCUCAAAAUCUUUGAAAUGGUACUCGACGGCCAGCGCCCGCCGCUCGACCACGAGCUGCACCCGCUUCUGCGGGACGUGCUGGAGAGCGCGUGGUGCUCGCAGCCCGAGUACCGCCCGUCAGCCAUGGCGAUCGUCCAAGCUCUCGAACAAGUCCAAGAAGAGCUCUGCGGCAUUCUGGCGCAGAACCUCCUCCGCGUCAUCAAGUGCCUCGGGCCGCACUUGGCGGCGACCGGCAAUGAGCUCACGCACUGCUUGAUCCAGAACGAGUAUGCGUUCACGGUGGCUGAGGCGACGCGGCUCGGGAACGCGCUCAUGGACGCGGGUCUCCUGCACCACGAGACGCACGAGCGGGCAUUUGAAGACUCGGCAACGAUCACGUACUUCUUCCAUGAGCAAGCGAUUGAGCUCAGCCAGCCAUGCGUGCUGCUCUCCAAGGACAACAAGUCGAACGACGGAGGCGACAGCAGCCACAACGUCGACCUCCUUGAAGCUGGGUGCCGCUGCCGCCAGCACGCGCAAGGGCACGUGCCGCAGGCAAAAACCAAGUGGUAUCAACGCCCGCGGAAAGAGCGCCCCAAGGUGAACGCGCUCACUGUGCACUUGCUCAACGACCUCGCCGAAGAAGACUCGCUGCACAAGGUCUCGGACACUACGUCGCUUUCCGGCUAGUAGGCUGUCGGCGAGCUCACUUCGACUCAUCGUAUUCGUGUAGUCUCUAAUCAUGUAUCUUCUUUUGUCUACUUCAAUA